GUUUAGCGUCGAGAUGAGACACUUAUGGAUCUUAGUGGUGCUGAUGACAGCAUCGACUCUUGCGGAGUAUCGAACAUUGUAUGGCGGGAAUUUUAUGAUUAGCAACGGCGGCUAUAUAAGUAACAGGAAUACCGGUAUCAUAUCCGGGAGCCAAAGGGGCAGACCUCUCGAAAAUGUCGGAAAUCAGGCCAGAUAUGGAUUCAUUAAUGGAGACAUCAGCGGGGGACCAUUCGGACAGCGAUCUAGCAAUAGUGGAGGACCAUUUAUCCUAUCUGGAAGCCAAGGCGGAGGGCCUUUCGCAAUUUCUGGCAGUAUGCCUGGAGAUGGUUUGGUAAAUCGAGAAAGCAGUGGAGGAUCCUUUGGACAAGAAAACACGGGACUAAUAAGAGGAAGUAACAGUGGAAGCCAAGGCGGAGGGCCUUUCGCAAUUUCUGGCAGUAUGCCUGGAGAUGGUUUGGUAAAUCGAGAAAGCAGCGGAGGAUCCUUUGGACAAGGAAACACGGGACUAAUAAGAGGAAGUAACAGUGGAGGACCAUUUAAAGUCAACGUCGAUCAGGAAGGUAUUAUAUAUGGAGGACUGAGCGAAGCACCCAUUCGAAGUCAGCCUAGAGACGAAUUAGUGAACGGUGGCAGCAGUGGAGGACCCUUUGGACAAGAGACAACUGGAUUAAUAAAGGGUAGUAAUAGUGGUGGACCCUUUCAAGUAAAUGUCGGCCAGGAAGGUAUUAUAGCUGGGACCCAACUUGGGGGACCUUCUGGAAACCAUGUAAACGCUGGCAGCGGUGGAGGAUCCUUCGGACAAGGAAACAUUGGAUUAAUAAGGGGAAGCAACACUGGUGGACCAUUUAUAGUUAAUGCCGAUCAGGAAAGUAAUAUAUCUGGAGGACAGAAUGAUGGACUUUUUGGAAAUCAGGCUAGGGAUAAAUUAGUUUACGGUGGCAGCAGUGGUGGACCCUUUGGACAAGAGAAAACUGGAUUAAUAAGGGGUAGUAAUAGUGGUGGACCCUUUCAAGUAAACGUCGGCCAGGAGGGUAUCACGUCUGGAAGCAAUAGCGGGGGACCUUUCGGAAAUAAUGGAAAUAUGGCUGGCGAUGGGUUGGUAAAUGGACACAACACUGGAGGACCGUAUGGACAGGCAACAGAUAGAUUAAUACGAAGUAGGAGUGGGGAAGGACCUUUCAGAUCUAAUGGGGGCAUCAUUACUGAGCGCCAAAACGGCGGGCCUUUUGGAAAUCAAGCUGGAAAUGGUUUGGUUAACGGUGGCGUCAAUGGAGGACCGUUUGGUAAAGAAGAAGGCGGUUUAAUUCAAAGUAGCAGCAGUGGAGGGCCUUUUAAAGCAACUGGCGAGCAGAAUGGUAUCAUAUCUGAAGGCCAAAGUGGAAAUAUUUUUGGAAAUAGAUCUGCUAAUGGAUUGAUUAACGGUAGCGGCAGUGGAGGACCUUUUAUGUGAGAAAAAUGCGGAGGCAUCAUAACGAUCAAAAAGCUUUUAAGUUGUACAUUAUCUUUUGAUUAAAAUACCAAACGACAUUGAACUUUA